AUGAAGUGUGCAUCCAUUUUCUUGCUGGUCGCUGGUCUAUUGGUAGUCAGCACAACAACUGACGGUCGGCCAGCGGAUGGCCAUCGUUUGUUGGAUACCUUACAACGUGUACGCAGACAGCAAGGUCCGGUGAAUUAUGGCUUUCCUACCUUCCCUCCCGCCUGGGGAAAUGCGCAAGGAUUCGGCCAAAGCAGUCUAUUCAGUCGGGGUGAUUUUGACGCGAUGCCAGAUAUUCCCCAGAUAAAGCAGGGCCACACGUGGGCCUCCAGAAGCUGCGUUAUUGACAAAAAUGGAAAGCAAAAGUGCGUUGAAAAGCAUGGCGAUAAGCCGUGAGAGGACAGCGACGUUGAAGUGCGAGCACAAAGGUUAUCAUUGACGAAUCGCGUAAUAAACAUGAAUGUACUCUACGAAAACAACUUCCACGGAUCAUUACAGAGAGCAAUUUUUCGGAUAUGUAAAAUUACACACUUUUUCCGCUAUUUUUAUGUAAGAAUUACCUGUAUUAGAGUGAACAAAACAAAAAAAAAUGCGGAUCUUAUACAGAACAUUUGAUAGACGGUUGGAACGUAAAUAGAUUAACACGAUGCGCAACUCCCAGAACGCUUCAUUCGUCUCUAAUGGAAGAUUAUCUUUAAGAUAAAUGCACUCCCCGCAUACCCGGGUAGCUGGAUGGGUAUAAGGGGAAAGAGACGGUCGAAGGCUUCUGGCUUGUACGGACUGAGUGAUCUUAUAAGACGCGGAAAAAAGGAUGAAAAAAAUCGCAAAUUCAUCUGCAC